UUGGGGGCUUCUCCCUCCCUGAAAGCUUCCUUCGCUUGUAGAGUCUCACUUGAGCCUGAGACGCACCAGAGUCACCAUGCGCCCUUCUCUCCUCUCCUCCGCCUUGGGAUGCCUCUGGCUGGCCAUCCUUUGCACCAAAGGGGCACAUGGGAAUUUGGAAGUCUUUACACCCGAAACGGUGGAGGCGGAAAUUGGGAAGACGGCUCUCAUCGAAUGUCGUUUCUCCGUCCCGGAGAAUGCCAACUACACUUAUGUCCACUGGCACGUGAUGGAGAAGCAUUCGCGGAAGCUGAUCAUCUCCAUGAUCCAAAAUGUGGAGCAAAACAAGGAUCCAAAGUACAAAGACCGGCUAAGCAUCUUGCCCAAUUUUUCCCUCAAAAUCAGCGACGUUCACUUGAAGGACGCCAAGGUCUAUGUCUGCCAGGUUGGGCUGGGCAGUUUGGGUGCUGGCGAGAACCGGACCGAGCUGCGCGUCUCCAAAGCUCCAGAACCUCCUGUGAUCCAGAAGACCGAUGGCGGCAUCAUGGCGUCUGAUUCAGAGAACCACGAGAUUGCAAAAUGCAUUAGUCGCAAUGGCUUCCCGGUCUCCACCGUCACGUGGUACAAGGAUGAAAGUCCCCAAACUGCAUUGGGRAAAAACAUUGAUAUCCGCAUUGCGCUGAUCAAGGAGAGCAACGGGUUGGUCACCGUCCAGAGCACCCUUUUGGCCCAAGUGACCAAAGAAGACCGCAGCGCUCUCUUCCACUGCCAAGUGGAUUACAAUCUGGCGGGGACCAAUAAGACUUUCAAGUCGGAGAGUUUCCAAAUCAACAUUCACUACCCCUCUGAGAACAUCAGUCUCGUGAUGGAGGCCCGGAGCCCAGUGGUGAAGGAGGGCGACAACGUGACGUUGCGUUGCGAAGCAGAUGGCAACCCGGCACCAGAGUACACCUUCUCCAGAUUCAAGGAGGGGAACGAAGAAGACCUCCCUCACGUUCUGGGUGGGAAGUUGUCCUUCCUCGACAUCAGCCGGAACGAAAGCGGCACCUACAUGUGCAAAACCUUCGACUUGCAGACCUUUCAAGAGCUGAACGCAACUGUGAACCUGUUUGUGAACUACCUGGACGUGCCCACCAUCGCGGCCGCCACCUUGAAGCAGCGCAAGCACCAGUGGGAAUGGGACCCCUCCAAGCUCAAGCACCUCUCGGAAGGGGACAGCGUGCUCCUGACCUGCAGCGCAGCCGGGUCCCAGCCGGUGGAGUAUCAGUGGGAAAAGAAGGGAGAGCGGAUUGAAACAGGGGACCAGCUCAACUUGACCAGGGUCACCUAUAUGGAGACAGGGGACUAUACCUGCCGGGCAGCCAUACCCGACUUUCCUGGCCUCUCCCGCUCCAAAUCCGUUUCCUUAGCUGUUCACGCAAUUCCACAACUGAUGCCGCAGAAGGACGUCUUGCAAGUCAAAGAGGGAGAGCUGUUGAACCUGACUUGCAGCGCCUUUUCAGUUCCGAAGCCCAAGCUGUCGUGGAGUGUAAAGAACGUCACUAGCCACAUGCAUUCCCAGGCGCAUCAUCACAGCAGCACCCUCGUGGUCCACGUCACCAAGGCCCUCCUGGAGUCGGGGAUCAAUUGCUCCGUUGAGAACAGGAUGGGAAGAGCCGAGCACCAGUUCAGGCUGGAGCUGAGGCCAGACGUGGUGAAGCCUGAUAACAAAAGUGGUUCGACCAAACAGGAGAGCCGAGGGGUCAUUAUCGUGGCGGUGGUGGUCUGCAUCAUGGCGAUUUCCAUCCUGGGCGCCGUCCUUUACUUCCUGCACAAGAAAGGGAAGCUGCGCUGCGGACGUUCGGGGAAACAAGAGAUCACAAGUCCCGGCGCCCAUAAAGACGAGAUUGUAGUUGAAGUUAAGUCAGAUAAACUUCCUGAAGAGGCGGGGCUUCUGCAGGGCGCCAACGGCGAGAAGCGAUCAGCAAGUGACCAGGGAGAGAAAUACAUCGACCUGAGGAACUGAGAGGGACCGCCGUGCGCCUUUUCCUGAGGAUUUCUCCUGCCCUUCCUUCCCCGAACGCUCCCCUCCUCCUCUCCUGCUCCCACGGCCCAAAUGCACAGCCAACGAAUGCACAAGACGGCUCCGCGGCAAAGGACUGUCCGAAAGAGACUCUUACCCCUUUUCCUCUUGGGAGACCAAAAAAAAGAUAA